AUGAUCAGGCAGUUGAGUUUCUGGGUGUAUGGGAAAAAGGCUUUGGACGUGAGCACAAGGUACGAUGAGUUGUUGGAGAAAGUGCUGAAGGAGCAUGAACAAAAAAGAUCAUCACGUGACAGUGAAGAACAUCAUAGUCAUGCAGAAAACGAAAGGGAUUUGAUGGACAUUCUGCUUGAUGUUCACCACGAUCCUCAUGCAGAGUUCAAGAUCACAAGAACUCAUGUUAAAGCCUUCUUCUUGGACCUCUACAUUGCAGGGACAAACACCUCAGCAGAAGGCACGCAAUGGGCGAUGGCUGAGCUGCUGAACCACCCUGAAGCCUUUGAAAUGGUGAGAAAGGAGAUAGAGUUGGUGACCGACAAUGGAAGGCUAGUUGAGGAGUCAGAUGUUGGAAAAAUGCCAUAUUUGCAAGCAGUUGUGAAGGAAACACUGAGACUCCAUCCACCAGCACCAGUAUUCUUCUUGCAAGAGGAGGAUGAGGAUUGGAGUGAUGGUAAGAGAAUGAAGUUCAAUUUUGUUUCAUUUGGAGGUGGAAGGAGAGGCUGUCCAGGAACAGAACUUGCUUUCAUCUUCAUAAACACUGCAGUGGCUGCUAUGGUGCAGUCCUUUGAUUGCAAGAUUGGUGAUGAUGAGGUUGGAUGUCCUAAAAUCUUAAACACACAGAGGAUGGAGCAUUCCUCAGUUAAGAUUGCAAUGUCAGGUUCUGAUAUGCAGGAAUUGGGAAAAAUUAUAGCAGUGUCUCAAGCUGUAAUGAACAAAAAGCCAAAAGAUUUCAGAAUUGCUCAAUUGUAG